AUGUCGGGCUUUGAGACAGCCGUUAGGGGGAGUUUGCGCUUCAAGCGCCAGAGCGAGGCGCUUGUUGAUAAGAAGAGAAAGAAGAAGAAAAAGGACAAAGGCAACAAAGAAGAAGAUGCAGCAGGGCCAACAGUAGUAGACCUCCCCCCAGAUCUUGCAAACGAUCCUGAUGCUGUUGCUGCAGCAGCAGCAAUUCAACAGGGGAAGCAGCAGCCAGGCGUUAUCUUACGCAAGGACGCUGACAAGUCUGCUGGAGCAGCUGCAGCAUCUUCCCCAGAAGAAGGGUCUCAGGAAGCAGCAGAAAGAUCUGUAGAUACACCUGAAGAAGAAGUGCAAGAAAAAGAAGAAGACAAAGAUGAAGAGGAUGAAAGAAAUAGCCGUAGUCGCAGCAGAGAAGCUCGUAGGUCCCUGGUGUCUUCAUCAGAAGACGUAGAAGCUCUGCUUAUAGAUGCAAACCCCAACUGGACUAAGGCUGAAAAGGCUUUUUAUUUAGCUCGAAAGGCAAGAGAAGCAGAAAGAGUAAAGAAACAACUGCAGCUGACCCACAGACAAAGGAUGGAAAAAUUCAACAGACAUCUCGCGUCUCUUUCCGAAC